AUGAACCCCUACCGCUCGACGAUGGGCGGGUACGGCUCGGGCUACGGCUCGGGCUACGGCUCGGGCUACGGCUCCGGCCUCGGUGGCUACGGAUCCACGUACUCCUCGCCCUAUUCGCGCAUGGGCGGCUAUGGCGGCAUGGGUAGCAUGGGCUACGGUGGCUACGGCGGUGGCUAUGGCGGCUAUGGCGGCAUGGGCGGCAUGGGCGGCAUGGGCUACGGCGGCAUGGGCUACGGCGGCUACGGCGGCAUGGGCUACGGCGGCAUGGGCAUGGGCAUGGGCAUGGGCCAGCCCGGCGACCCCUCGCUGACGCAGCGCAUGGAGAGUGGCACGCAGGCCACCUUUGAGCUGAUUUCGUCGAUCGUGUCUGCCUUUGGCGGCUUUGCGCAGAUGCUCGAGUCGACCUUUAUGGCGACGCACUCGAGCUUCUUUGCAAUGGUCGGUGUUGCGGACCAGUUUGCACAUCUCCGCAACUACCUCGGCCAGGUGCUGAGCAUUUUCGCGCUGGCGCGCCAGGCCAAGCACCUCUUUCUCCGCAUGACCGGCCAGCGCCCCAGCGGUAUCGACUCGCAAGAGUUCCGCGAGUUCCGCAAGCGCGGCGGCACGUCCACGCAGCGCCCCAACAAGCGCCCCCUCUUUGUCUUUUUCCUGGCGGUGAUUGGCCUGCCCUACCUCAUGGGCAAGCUCGUGAAGAUGAUCACGGCCCGCCAGGAUGCGGAGCGUGCGCGCCUUGCGCAGCAGGCCGCCGAGGCCGGCACCGAUUUGCAGCAGCUGCAAAACGCACAAGGCACAGGCUUUAUCGACCCCAGCAAGCUCACCUUUGUGCGUGCGCUAUACCACUACAAGGCUGCAGACGAGUACGAGCUCGACUUGGAGCCCGGCAAGCUGAUUGCCGUGAUCGACACCAAGGACCCCAACACCGGUGAGGAGAUCUCGUGGUGGCGUGGCCGUCUCCGCGACGGAAAAAUUGGCUGGUUCCCCAGCAUCUAUGUGGAAACGGUCGAGGAUGCCAAGAGCCGCGCACAAAAAGCCAAGGAGAAUGCCGCGCGCGCGAUCGAAGCGCCCCCGGCCGCCUCGAGCGCACCGCGCACGACGGCGCCCAAGGUGUCUUCGUCGUGA